AGGUGGAGCACGCCCGCUGCGGUCAGGGUCGGCCAGACAGCGUCCGGCUUUUGCUGCCUCCGCACUCGCUCCUCGAUUAAGGUCCGGUCAGUGAAGGCGAGGAAGUCAGGAAUGACCGGGCGAGUGGGCAAAAUGCUUCUGCUGGCGGCGCUGACGGUGCUCCUCGCGCUGACCGGCGAAGGGGACGCUCAUAUUAGCCGCUGCUUUAAAAAGGAACUUCCGGAGGCGCCCGACCCCGAGUUCUCGAGCGGUGUGGCGCGGUUCAGCUUCCAGCUCUUCAGGAGGUUGGCUGAACGGGCGCAGGCGCAGGAGGAGAGCCUCUUCGUGUCCCCGUACAGCGUGUGGAGCUCCCUCUGCCUCGCCUACCUCGGUUCCAGCGGCAAAACCAAGCGGGAGCUCGCCGACGCCCUCAGGCUCAGCGGCAAGUCGAGCACCUACGUCAACUGGAAGUUCUUGGACGAAAUGCUGGGAAGCGAAACAAGCCGCCAGUCGGGAGCGAACUUUGUCACGAUGAACAAGGGCUAUUUCUCCGACACUUUGGAGCUGGAUUCCUGCCUGCAGAAGUCGCUGCCGGAGCUCGAGGUUCUCGACUUCUCGCAAGCUUCUCAGACCGCUUCGGUGGUCAACAGUGACGUCGAGGCGACCACGCAGGGCAAGAUCAUGGAUUUCCUUGACCCGCUGCUCCUGUCGAGGGCGAACUUUAUCCUCCUGAAUGCCAUCUUCUUCAAGGGCGAGUGGGAGUUCAAGUUCAUGCCUGAGGACACCACCCCGAUGCCCUUCCGCGUGAGCCCGGGAAGAGAGGUCGGGCCGAUACCCAUGAUGACUCAGACUGGCGAGUUCAAAUUCGCCGCCGACACUCCUCUGAGCGCCAAGGUGGUGGAGCUACCCUACGCGGACUCCAACUACUCCAUGUAUCUAUUACUGCCGAGCUCUGAGGCCGAAGGUACAGCGGAAGUCAUCAGUAAGCUUUCCAAGAGGAACCUGGAGACUACGCUCAGCUCGCUUCAGGAGUCGUCUGUCCGGGUCCAGCUGCCCAAGUUCAGCCUCAGCACCAAGAUUAGGAGUACGCUCAUGACGACGCUUCUGGACAUGGGGAUAAGGGAACUCUUCUCCCAGCAAGCAGACUUGACAGGCUUUACGGUCUCCCAGCCUCUCUCUGUGGACGAGACGGUGCACCAGGCCACCAUUGACGUCACCGAAGAAGGCACAGUGGCAGCGGCUGCGACAGGUUUGGUUGGCAUCCGCGUCGUGCCCCAGCAGUUCGUGCUGGACCGGCCCUUCGUCUUCCUCAUCAUGAACAGAGUCGUGGGUCUUCCUGUCAUGACGGGCGUCUUCAUCACGCCGCCCGCAUCGUGAUCGUCAGUUUGUUGUUUGGGGCGCGGGAUGUCGCCUGCCUGGAACGCGGAAGUUAUUUAUUUAUACUAAAGCUGCUUCGAUGUAUAUCUUAUCACGCUAUUUGAGUUGGACUAUUGGAUUUAUUUCGGUGACGAUGUGGUGACACUUCAUUGACAAGGCAACGAUCUGGCGAAACGCUAGAUCACAGUUUAAAAUUUAUGUUGAGUAUGUGUAACACAUUUAGCGGUAACAAAUAUAAAUUCGUUAUAUUUCCUGUGGUAAUUUCACGGCUGAUGACCGAUGGAUAUGGAUCAAGAACUCUAAGCUCCUUUAUAAGACCGGACCAAAAAUACUGUCGAAAACUUAUGGAAAAAUUGGACAAGCCUAAUAUCGACUUAAUA